GCGAUCCGGAGCGCGAUGGCGGCGCGGAGCGGGGCGGGCGGCUCGCUGCGGCCAUGGCUGCCGCCGGCGCGGAGAGGGGCCGGCCGCCCGCUGCUGCUGCUCCUGCUUUGCUUGCUGGCGGCGCCGCUGCCCGACGGCGCUGAUGGCUCGGAGACAGUCGGGAUGGCGGAGGCGCCGGGCGGUGCCGGGCCCGGGGAGCGGUUUAAGAUCGAGGGCCGGGCCGUGGUGCCAGGGGUGAAGCCGCAGGACUGGAUCUCGGGGGCCCGAGUGCUGGUGGACGGGGAGGAGCACGUCGGCUUCCUGAAGACAGAUGGAAGUUUUGUGGUUCAUGAUGUACCUUCGGGAUCUUACGUAGUGGAAGUUAUAUCCCCGGCUCAUAAAUUUGAGCCCGUGCGAGUUGACAUAACUUCAAAAGGGAAAAUGAGAGCAAGAUAUGUGAAUUACAUCAAAACUUCUGAAGUUGUGAGGCUGCCAUACCCACUCCAAAUGAAAUCUUCUGGACCUCCUUCAUACUUCAUAAAGAGAGAAUCUUGGGGAUGGACAGAUUUCCUCAUGAACCCUAUGGUGAUGAUGAUGGUUCUACCCUUACUGAUAUUUGUGCUUUUGCCUAAAGUUGUCAACACCAGCGAUCCUGACAUGAGACGGGAAAUGGAGCAGUCAAUGAACAUGCUGAAUUCCAACCAUGAACUGCCAGAUGUCUCUGAAUUCAUGACAAGACUCUUCUCUUCAAAAUCUUCCAGCAAGUCUGGUAGUAGCAGCAGUAAAGCAGGAAAAAGUACUUCUGGAAAAAGGAGGUAGUUAAGUCUUCCUCCUAAGCCUGACUUUGCACAACUUGUUUGUUAUAUGGUAUUUUGUGUAUAUUUGUCUUGAAGAUCAAAAAGCCACUACUGUAAACUUUAAUCCAUCACAAUACACAGUGUGCUACAACUGUGGUAUGUAACUUUUUUUGUUAGUCUAUAUAAGCUGUUUUUUACUUGACAAUAAGCAAGAAGACAUGGCUUCAAUACUGUAUCUGUAUAAAGUUAUUGAUAAUGAAUUAACUAUAUUGUUCUGUAGAGGAUUAUUAUAAAUUAUAUGAUAUACUAAACAAGAAUGUCUUAAUCGUAAGACAAUGUAUAAAAAAAAUUCAAAGAUAAUAGAAGUCAAGUUCAGUCAUAAGAUGGCUUUAUUUUUUUUUACUUGCGGUUGCGUCCUGAAAUGAAAAUAUCUUCCUUUUAAAAUUGAGUUGUGGGUUUACUGGGUAAGUCGGUUCAUGUAUCAGCUUGUCAUGUGUGUUACAUAUAAAAUCAAUUUAUUUUACAUUGA